UGGACAUCCUGGCGUUCCGUAGACGGCGUGGACGUCAAUGACAUUCUCAUUGUUCUUUCACAAGACUUUAUCCUUGUGAAAGCUUUAAACAUGUCACUAAGCUUUUUACUUCGGACUUUAGUGAAAGAUCUCUCAAAGGUGAGCAGCCAGCCUGCACACGCUUUCCACACCGGAUGUCAUCUUCUGGCGGUGGACAAGAACCUCCUGCUCAAACUGCGGAAAAGCUCCGGCUACACUUUUAUCAACUGCAAGAAAGCACUGGAGAAGUUUGACAAUGACAUCACCCAGGCGGAGGCUUGGCUGCACGAGCAGGCCCACAAGGAAGGAUGGAGCAAAGCCAGCAAGCUGGAUGCUCGCAAAGCCAAAGAGGGGCUCAUUGGGCUCCUUGUGCGAGAUCAAGCGGCCGUCAUGGUGGAGGUCAACUGUGAGACGGACUUUGUGGCCCGCAAUGAGAAGUUCCAGCAGCUGGUCCAGGAUGUGGCCUUUUCCACUUUGGCUCACCACCAAAAUAAAAGCCAGACAGGAUAUGUCAAGAGUCACUUGGAUGCCCAUGACCUCAGCAAAGUCCCUGUGACCCCCCAGGGAGGGAGCCUGGCUGACCAGGUGGCCUUCACCAUAGGUCGCCUGGGUGAGAAGAUGUCAGCGAAGCGGGCUGUCACGGUCAGCGUCCCCGCCGAGUGGCGCAUCGGCUUCUACGUUCACGGUGGCGUGGCGGGCCGGACGGAGGUGGCCAUGGGACGCUACGGCGCCCUGGUUGUCUUCCGGGGUGGCAAAGAGGGAGAAGAGGAAAGUUUGGGACGCAAGCUGGGACAGCACAUCGUGGGAGAGGCGCCCGUGUCGCUCGGCAACAUGGACGACCUGCCGUGCGGCGAGAGCGAAACACGCCUCCUGCCGCAGACUUUCUUGGCAGACCCCAGCAGGACGGUGGCGCAGGUGCUCAAGGGCCAGCAGGCUCGAGUGCUGGACUUUGUCAGGUUUCAGUGUGGAGAAGUUGGCAGUGAAGAAAAGAAAUGAUGAAAUGAAGACUUUUUGUUUGUUUGUACGCCUCCUAUUGGUCAGCUGGACUUUCUCACUUAGGAUCAUAAAUGGUGGAAUAAACAAAUGCACGUACGGUAGACUUGCUAGCACAUCAAAUGUGCAGCAACACAAUAAAUGUUACUACUGGAAAUGUAUCAUAAGACAGUGUUGGUCAAUCCUCUUUGCCGUCAUGUCUUGUGUGGGUUUUUAUACGACACAGGAAGUCUCGCAAAUCUCGACAUACAAUUUCUGAUACCCAAUUUUUUUUCAUUCAUUUAGGAAUACAGUUUCCAUAUAAACAUUGCAAAUAAAUAUAUAAUAAUGUAGAAGUAAAUAC